AUGGCCAAAACCGAACAGAUUCGAGACCCGCAGGUGUAUUAUGAUUACCUCACCUCAGAUGAAAUCAACGUGCUCGACGCCAACCUGGUGAGUGACGACAUGAUCCAGAUUCAAUAUGAGUACACCGAGAAUUUCAUCGCACCCAAUGCCAAAACCAAUGUGGUCAUCGCCGCGUUUACCACCGCUUAUGCACGUCUCAAGUUGUACGAGGUAUUGGAUAUGUUGCAAGAAAGAGUUCUCUACUACGAUACCGAUUCCGCGAUCUUUGUCAGCAAACCCGACGAUCCAGAGCCGCCGACGGGUUCUUACCUUGGUCAAUUAACCGAUGAAUUGAAAGGGGACCACAUUACCACAUUCAUCUCGGGCGGUCCAAAUAAUUAUUGUUAUCGUACGAAUACGAACAAGGUGGAGACGAAGAUACGUGGGGUCACGUUAAAUUGCACGGCUAAACAGAAAGUAAACUUAAUUUGA